CUGGAGAUGACGACCUACCGCUUGGAAUACGGACAUUGCUUAAAAUACUAGUGGGUUAUAACAGAAAUGGCCUGCAUUCACCCCCCGCAUGGAGUUCAGCCUUAUGAUAACAGCCUCUACAACUCAGAGUCACUGAGCCUGGACCUUACCUGCAGGUUAGCCAUGGAUGUGAGUAGCCAGAUGGACCAGCUCUCUGCAGCCUCCCUGCCUAGCAUCAACUCCCUGGUGGGCACCUACACUGGCGAGUUUGAUGCUUCCUCCUGUCAGAUCGCCACAGCUCCUACAACCUCUAGCACAGACUCUGUCCAUGAAUCGCCCUUCAAGAAGGAUGACUUCCAGAUUUACGGCUGCUACCCUGGCAGCUUUGCCCUGAGCUACUUUGACGAAGCCCUGUCUUCUGGUGGCUCUGAAUGUUUCGGCAGCCUGGCGUCAGCCCAGUCUCCCUCUACCCCAGGCUUCCAGCCCCAGCCUGCAUCGGCUUGGGCCUCGGCCUCUGCCCCCUACUCUCCCAGCCUGGACUGCUGGGUGGCUGAUAAGACUGCAUUAUUACAGACAUCCUCUUUCUUCACCUAUGGACCUGGCUCAGUAGAGGAUCUGUCUCCUCUGGACCAGCCCCAGCAUGCUGAUCAAGGCCACUUCUCUCUGAGUCAGGAGCAGCACCCCUCCCUGCUUUCUUUCUCCCCUCUAACCCUGGAGCCAGGCACCCUAGAUGACUCUGGCUUCAUGGAAGGUAGCAUGUCGCUGAAUCCGAACAGCCCUACUGGAAAUGAGGGUCGCUGUGCUGUCUGUGGGGACAAUGCCUCCUGUCAGCACUAUGGGGUUCGUACCUGUGAGGGCUGCAAAGGUUUUUUCAAGCGUACUGUACAGAAAAAAGCCAGAUACGUGUGUCUUGCCAACAAGGACUGUCCGGUGGACAAGCGGCGACGGAAUCGCUGUCAAUUCUGUCGUUUUCAGAAGUGCCUGGCAGAAGGCAUGAUGAAAGAAGUUGUGAGAACAGAUAGCUUAAAAGGUCGAAGAGGUCGUCUGCCCUCCAAGCCAAAAGCAGCCCAGGACCUAUCUUCUGCUGAGUCUCCAGUUAAUAUCAUUGCCUCUCUUGUGAGGGCACACAUUGACUCAAACCCUAGUGUUGGGAAACUGGACUACUCUAAGUACCAGGAGACUGUGGCCAGUCUGUCAGAGGAAGUGGACGUUGGUGACGUCAAACAGUUCUACAACCUCCUCACGGCAUCCAUGGACGUGAUUAGCAAGUGGGCUGAGAGCAUCCCUGGGUUCACUGCCUUCUGCUCUGAGGACCAGGAGCUGCUACUGGAGUCAGCCUUCAUGGAACUGUUCAUCUUGCGACUAGCAUACAGGAUCAACCCUGAGACGCACAAGCUGAUAUUCUGCAAUGGAGUGGUGCUUCACCGGAUGCAGUGUGUACGGGGCUUCGGUGACUGGAUAGAUUCCAUCAUGGACUUCUCCCAGAGCCUCCACCGCAUGAACCUGGACAUGUCGUCCUUCUCCUGCCUCACAACCCUGGUCAUAAUCACUGACCGCCACGGCCUGAAGGAGCCCAAGCGGGUGGAGGAGUUCCAGAACCAGCUCAUCACCUGUCUCAGAGAUCACGUGUCGAGCUGCGCCUCGGACUCCACUCGGCCCAACUACCUGUCCCGCCUCCUGGGAAAACUGCCCGAGCUACGGACCCUCUGCACCCAGGGCCUGAAGCGUAUCUUCUAUCUUAAGCUUGAGGACUUGGUCAUACCACCCCCCAUAGUGGACAAGAUUUUCAUGGAAACUCUGCCUUUCUGA